AUGUCUGUAGCUCUCAAAAUCUCCAACAGCUCCAAAUUCCAGGUCUCUGAGUUCAUCUUGUUGGGGUUCCCAGGCAUUCACAGCUGGCAACACUGGCUUUCCUUGCCUUUGGCACUACUGUACCUCUCAGCAAUUGGUGCUAAUAUACUCAUUCUCAUAACCAUCUUCCAGGACUCUACUCUGCAGCAGCCUAUGUACUAUUUUCUAGGCAUCCUCUCUGUAGUGGACAUGGGCCUAGCCACCACCAUCACGCCCAAGAUUCUGGCCAUCUUCUGGUUUAAUGCCAAGGUCAUUAGCCUCUCUGAAUGUUUUGCUCAGAUUUAUGCCAUUCACUGUUUUGUUGGCAUGGAAUCUGGUAUCUUCCUCUGCAUGGCUUUUGAUAGAUAUGUAGCUAUUUGUCAUCCUCUUCGCUACCCAUCAAUUGUCACCAGUGCCUUAAUCAUGAAAAUCACCUUGUUCAUGGUGCUUAGAAAUGGCUUGUUUGUCAUUCCAGUGCCUGUGCUUGCAGCCCAGCGAGAUUAUUGCUCCAGGAAUGAGAUUGACCAUUGCCUAUGCUCCAACCUUGGGGUCACAAGCCUGGCUUGUGAUGACAGGAGGCCGAAUAGCAUUUGUCAGUUGGUUUUGGCAUGGGUUGGCAUGGGGAGUGAUCUAAGUCUUAUAAUAUUGUCAUAUAGUUUUAUCCUGCGCUGUGUACUUAGAUUGAGCUCAACUGAAGCUGCAUCCAAGGCUUUAAGCACUUGUAGCUCCCACCUCAUCCUUAUCCUCUUCUUCUACACGGUUGUGGUAGUGAUUUCAGUAACUCACUUGGCAGAGACUAAGGCCACUUUAGUUCCAGUUCUACUCAAUGUGCUACACAACAUCAUUCCCCCUGCCCUGAAUCCUAUGGUCUACGCACUUAGGACAAAAGAGCUAAGGGCAGGUUUCCGAAAGGUGUUUUAUUUAGGCCUAGAAAAGAAAUAA